UCGACAUACUGCCUGCUGGGAUGAAGCUCGCCACCGGAGAACUACAGAGAUUGUUACAAAUCUGAGAUCACCCACUAUCUCGGCGAGAACUCGUCGGAGCGACCACUUAACCCACAGUUAGUUUCCAGGAGCAGGGAGGAAAGAGGCGCGCUGCCAAGAUGAUGGAAGAAAUAGAUAGAUUUCAAGUGCCCAGUGCCGUGCAGGAGGCGGAGAUGCAGGCUGAGAUGCAGCCGCUGGACCCGGCCUCGUCCACGGCCUCAGAGGCGGACUCCGACACCAGAGAGGGGGAACCUGUCACCAUCAACUACAAGCCGUCACCCCUGCAGAUGAAAAUAGAGAAACAGAGAGAGUUGGCUAGGAAGGGCUCAUUGAAGAACGGCAAUGCUGUAGGUAGUCCAGUCAACCAGCAGCCUAAGAAGAACAACGUCAUGGCCAGAACACGGUUGGUAGUGCCAAAUAAAGGCUAUUCGUCUUUAGACCAGAGCCCAGAUGAGAAGCCCCUGGUGGCCCUAGACACAGACAGUGAUGAUGACUUUGAUAUGUCUAGAUACUCAUCGUCGGGAUACUCCUCUGCCGAGCAAAUCAAUCAGGAUCUGAACAUCCAGCUGCUGAAAGAUGGUUACCGCCUAGACGAGAUCCCCGAUGACGAGGACCUGGAUCUGAUCCCACCCAAAUCAGUCAACCCCACCUGCAUGUGCUGCCAGGCAACCUCCUCCACCACCUGUCAAAUACAGUAACCCCACCCCUCUGACCUCAUGCCCUUUCCCCCGAUCCACACAAUAUAACCCCCAAUCUUCAUCUGCUGUGAGUUUACUUCGUCGCCACAGUGGUGACAGUGAAGCAUUGGUAGAGUAUUGUAAUGACAGUGCUAUGAUGAUAAUGACAAUGAGAAAUAAUCAAAUUAACAUAUAGAGUGUUUGGUUUAAAAUCCAGGAGAAGGGACACAUUUGAAAAAAAUUCAAUAUGUAUUUAAAAUAUGAGUAAAAGUGGUGGUUUCCUCCUAUGGUAGGACGUGCACUUGUGUUUGAGAGCCCUUCUCCUGGUGAACAUUAUGUAACAUAUUAGCAGGCAGUAAACAGACGGUAAAUUGAUGCUAUAAAUUAAUGCUCUAAUGAACUCCAUUUCCCUGAAGAAUAAGAAACAUCAUAAUUGCUGACUCAACUGUUCUGCUUAACUUACUGGAUUCUGGGUUGCGUUUUUGCAUUUUUGUAGUUCCUUUUUUUUUUUUUUAUAAUUCUUUUUUUAAACCUGACGGAUAAGUAUGAUUGUAUGUGUUGACAUGGCGAUAUUUUAAAAGUGUGGGCUGUGGUGUCAGUGUCCAAAUAGAGGAUAUCUGGUACCGUAUUCACUGUACUGUACAGGGUUGUUAUGUAGCACAGGCCAGGUCGUUUCACUCAUUCACACCACCCUCAACACUUUUACUUUUGUGUUUUGUUUUUUUUUUUUGCCUUACUGGCUUGAAAUGCUUGAGUACGGAGUUAAGGGAUGAAUGUAUGAACAUGAAUGGCUGAGGAACAUACUGCAUGAAGAGCACUGGACUGAAUAACUGAAUGGAAAAUAAUAAGGAAUCAGCUUGUUGCACAUUUGAUUUCUGCCCUAUUUUCAUUGUGCAAUCACGUGCCAGCUGUUGCGGCACUAGCUUGACUUGUAUUGUUUUGAAUUUGCACAUUUUUAUUGUGUUUUUUUAAUAUACUUUAGGGCCCAUAUCUGUGUAAUCUUUCCUGCAUAGCAGUGACAGUGUCUUAUCUGAAAUGAACUGUGUCAAAAGGGAAGAUUACAUAUCGUUGAAGCGACCCUCCAACACAUGAUGCUCACGAUAGAUUCACAAUAUCAAACCCAAAGGGACGGCGGGAGGCCUUUAGAUCUUUCAGCGCACACUGUUAUGUUGCCCCGCUCCACUGUAUCUUUUCUUGAUCGCUGCACACUCCUUCCUUCCCAUUUCUGUUUUCACAACAUGCACCAUCAUGCAAGCACACAGGUUCAGACAGCAGGAAGAUUCACCCUUUUUCAUCCUUCACAGGCAUACACACACACACACAUAUACAGACAUAAAGAGUGAGGUGGCAUCUAUUUGUCUCUUUUGACUAAUAGGUUGGAAAAUGAUUUGUAAUUGCAACAUCGAGGAUCACUGACUUGGAGCACUAAUUCCCUUCAUUUAUGACUCCCUCCCUCCCUCCUUUAAAAAUCAGUUGAUAAUUUGCAAUUAGAGUAUGCCUUAAGUACAGAGAAGUUUAAAAGACGUGUGUAUUUAUUACCAUCUUGAUCAUUUAGUUUAUUUGAAGAGCAUUUUGCUGUCUAUGAAGUUAUGCUUUUUUUUCUUUUUUUUUUACAUAGACACGGGUGAUAAUUGUUUUUCUUUGGUUUUCCUUUUUUAAAUGAUUUUCUUGUAAUGUAAACACUUCCAUUACAGUAUUUAACAAUGUUAUUGUUAUGUGCGGUGUAUGAAAACAAUAAAUAAACACAAAGCUAAUGGAGCACUUCCU